UCACCAGUUUAAGUAUAGUCUAGAUUCGAGUUACACUAAUCUAGUAUUUAUCCGCACUGCUGUUACCUCUUUGUCCUGCUCUUUGUAAUUCAAAUAUAUAUAUAUAUAUAUAUAUAUAUUUACGACUUUCAUUAUCUCACAGCAACUGCCAUAAUUCCCUUCAAAUUCUACUCUCUUUCUUCGUCCCCAAUUGUGCUAAUCCUCCGCUUCCUGUAGGCGAUUAAGGCUUUAAUUCCAGUUUUAUCUGCAAAUUCCGAAAUUCAUGGAUCUAACGAGCGAGGUGGGAUUAAGGUUGCUUUUUUCUCCAAUUAGUUCCCACAUUAUUGUUCGGACGGCAUGUUGUACAGUGGGGACUGUUUUACCUGUUUACUCAACGUUUAAAGCAAUUGAAAGCAACGAUCAAAACGAGCAGCGAAAAUGGCUUCUUUAUUGGACAGUUUAUGGAUCUUUUAGUGUUGCUGAAGCGUUCUCGGACAAACUCUUGUCCUGGUUUCCUUUCUACUACUAUGCAAAGUUUGCUUUUCUGGUUUGGCUUCAACUUCCAUCUGCCAAUGGAGCUGAACAUUUGUAUAUGAGCCAUCUCCGUCCAUUUCUACUGAAGCACCAAUCUAGGCUUGAUAAAAUAUUGGGGUAUAUUUACAAUGAAAUGGUCAAAAUCAUCAGUGCACACCAAACAGAAAUCAAGUUUGCAAGGCUGCUUUUUAUGAAACUCAUGGCAUCAGUGAACCAGAUUGGUUGCGAUUAUAUUCAGCCUGUGCAAAGACAGUCAAAUUGUUCCAUUGAAGGCCCAAGAGACGCUGAUUCUGAUAGGCAAUCUGAAACUGAAGAUUGAUACUGUCACAAUAAGGUAUAGUUUUGAGGCCAUAAAAGACUGCACAGAGCAUGAAUGGCUCCACCUGCAAGUAUGGAAGCCAGGUUUCCGGCAAGCAUCGGUGCAUUUCGACCGGUUGUGUCGAGGUUUACUCGGCCAUAUUCAAUGCUUGCCACCGAUAACCAAGUGACAAUUCCCAAAAUGCAACCGGUAAUCGUCCCUACAAUGGCCCCAACAGCAUUUGCUUUCCUCCAAAGAAGCAUAAAAGCAAUUGGGAGAACUGCUGAACCAAUAAGCACUCCCAUGGCAAGAUACAUCCAACCCAAUGAAACUCCAGCCUUGUUUAAUAUUACAGCAAACAAUCCCAUGAAACAUCCAAAGCCUACCACAACAGCCCUUGAAACACUCAGGAUUCUCUCCCCACUGGCAUCUGGGUUUAUAUAGGUACGGUAGAUAUCAUAUGUGCAUAACGAGGAAACAGCAAUUAGCUCAGAAGAACCAGCCGAUGUAACAGCCCUGCUCGCGUUGAAACAAAAAAACAAGAGAAUGGUACAUUGAGGUUUAUCCCAGUAAACAUGAUCCAUCAGACCAUAUUGUCAUACAAAAUUAUUGUAUUUAGGUAUUUACAUGUCUCUUAAACACGUGCAUACUUUUGUGCAUGAGAUUUUGUGUUUGAGAGUUGCGUGCUGUUGACAGAA